CGGAAAGGGAGGCCGGGAUCGGAAGGGCUGAAGGUGAGAGGGUCCGGUCCGGGGCCGAUCCCGGGGACGGGACCUGGGCCUGGGCCUGGGCCUAUCCCAUCCCGGGGACGGGACCGGGGCCUGGGCCUGGGCCUAUCCCUAUCCCAUCCCGGGGCCUGGGCCUGACCCUGACCCUGACCCUGACCCUGACCGGUUCGGUGGGAACCAGGAGAAGGGGGGCCGGGACUGGACAGGCCCGGUGUCGGAUAGUUCCUGAGUGACCUCUUCCCAAUCCCACAGCCAUGCCGUUAAUUGACCUCCAGGAAAAGCUGGGCAUCAAUAUUGACAAAUGGAUGCUGAUCCAAAGUGGUAUACAGCCCCGUAAUCGGCCAGCCCGUUGUCACGUAUUCGAGAAAGAUUGGAUUGAAUGUGCUCAUGGAAUUGGGAAAAUCAGAGCCAAGAAGGAGUGCAAACUGGAGCUGGAGGAUUUCUAUGAAUGUAUGCACCGGAAGAAGUUGGAUAAAAGGCUGACUGACAUCAAAGCACAAAGAGAAAAGCUGAUAAAGGAAGGCAAGUACACUCCUCCAGACCACCACACUGGCAAAAGUGAUCAACGCCCAUAAGUAUUUCCCAUAUCUUCACUAACCGGACAGGAGCAAGCUUCAGAGGAUCCUCCCAACAGUCUAAAAACUGCAGCAUCACAGUUAGUCUAUGGCAAAGUUUAUGAUGGGACAGUGCACAGUAUUCGUUGAGUUGUUUUGGGAUGGCUAUUUGUGGGCAAUAAUUGUGCAACUUAUCUAUAAAGAUCAUUAAAUUAAUUACGAUACUG